UCCAACAUGUCUUGUCAGAUGAUUAUCCAAGACAUCCAAGAUAGGUUAUUUUUUAUUUUCAGUCGACCACAGCAAUUGUAGAACUUUUUCAAUUUCAGGGGUCUUUAGAAAAAGUGUUUUAUCGCAACUGGUGCAACCUAAAAGACAAGCAAUUCCAACAUUUUCUGAAUCACAGUAUUGAGAAUUAGGAAUCGUCUGAAAUGACUGAUAGGAUUUCCGGAACUUAAAAAGCAGAGCACAGUCUCCUUUCUUCCUCCCAGCAUCCCAAGGGUAAAUUGACUCCACAGAGACACAGAGGAGGAAGUGUCCCCGAAGAGACAAUGAACAUUGAGGUACGAGUACGUUCGAAUCACGUUCCUGGGCAUGAAGCAGUCAAAUCACGUUGUAGGCCGAUAAACGUACCUGGAACGGCUAAUGUCGUUUGUGGCUACAGGUUACGGAAACCCGGGAAAGGUGCUUUCUACUCCAACCAGGUCCGCAGAAUUGGUCACAGUACAAAUGCCCCGAUUGGUGAUGAUUUCAAUGAUUCACACGAUUCGACCAAUUUUAUCAUCAACGAUAGCGCAGAAGCCCGUCGAGAAAGACAUUUGUUCGACACAGACGAUUUCGUCAAAAGGAACAAGAAAAGAUGUCAAAAAAAUGCGGUUGAGGCGAGAGUCAAGCUAGGCAUUGAAGCCUACGAGGAAGAGUUGAAUUUUCGUCGGGAAAAGCUUCGCAUCAUGUUGCUCGAAGAAGAAGCGGCCUUAACUCGGGAAAUUAUUGAAAAAUCUCAAAAAAGUAAUCAAGACUACUUAGAAAGUCUAAGGGUUCGUGCUGAGGAAGCCAAAAAGCAACAGGAAGAAGUUAGAUUGUCGCUUUUAAAAGCCAAAAGGGCUCAGCAAUAUCUUGCUAGAUGUCCGGAUGCCAGAGACCGAUUCGUCAAGAAGUCGACUCGGGAUGUCAAGUAUUGCAAUCUAGUCCAAAUGGCAGAGAACAAUGCACAACGAGAGGCUGAAAAAGAGUUGGAGAUGAUGUGGCAUGGAUUGAUGUUGAAGGAGGUCGAGGCUAUGAAAUUGCGAGAAGAGGAUGAGGAAAAGGCAAGGGCUAUCGCCGGGUCAGAUUUAGAGGCCACUUUGAGAAGGCAAAUUGCUGGCAAAGAGGCGUUGAAGUCCGAGGAACGACGUGUGGAGGAAGAGCAACGUGAGUACGUUAGCAAGCUUUGCGAGAACCUUCAAAAGGAGGAAGCUUUCCGAUUGGAAAGGGAGCGCAAAAAGAAGGAAGAGUUGAAAAGGGAUCUGGAAGAUCAAUUGGAAAAGGCACGAAUGUGUCAGGCAGAGCGUGCCUCCAAGGAAGCUGCGAUGGAACGCACGUUCAGAGAUCUGAUUGAAAAGGAGUUGGCAAUGGAAAAAGACGGAGUAAAGCAGUUAUCCAAUGACCUUCGUAGAGAACAGUUGGCAUAUUUAAGGAGUCUUCAGGAAUUCCGAGAGCAAGCAGCAAAACGAAAUAUCGAAAUUGAAGAAAUCGUACGAAAGUAUGAGAAAGAAGCUCAAGAGAUGCGAGACCGAGCAAAGAAGGAGCGAAACGAAAUUCGAGCUCGUGAAAUUCAAAAAGUCCUGGAGAUUAGAAAGAAGCAGUUACAGGAAAAGGAAGAAGACCAAAAAAAGGAGAAAGAACAAAUAGAACGAGAACGAGAUCUUUCCUUGAAACAGCUCGAACUGGACGCUAGGUUGAUGGAUUACGAUCGAAAAUGCAAGAAGGAAGCAGCUUUGCGAUACCAAAAGGAUCUUAUCGAUCAGCAACGUUAUGUAAAAAGUUUGAGAUUCCGAGAAAACGAGGAAGCCGAUGAAAUGUAUCGAAGAUGUCUCCAAAGGGAGGAAGAAUACCAAAAGCUCACGGAGGACUUAAUAAAUUCUUCAGAUAUUCUUGCACCUCAUGCUUUCAAAGUUCUCGUCGGCGAAUCCCCAUGUCGAGAUAAACCGAGGUCCUAGAUAUAUAAAUAAACAGCUUCGAUCAAAUUGUAUUUUUAAUUUUUAAUUUCUAAUUU